AUGGUCAAUUUUGACCCCCCUGAUGUCAUCCCCGAUGAGGAAUAUGCCCACGAGGUUGAGCGAAAGCCCAAAUGGUCGCAGCACAAAAUCGACACUGAACACUUUCGAUCCCGUUGGAAAGGUAAAAACCAGGCUCAAUUGAAGGCAUAUGGAGACUCUGAUCAUCUCUAUCCAAUCCUCCAACCUGGAAAACUCCAUUAUACUACUGAAAGAGACAAAUUGAAUUACAACCCCCUGCCAACUUCUCGGGAUAAUUGCGAUUUGGUGAUUCAACAGGAUAAAGAUUGGGAUGACUGGUUGAUCGAAUGCAGGAUCGCGUCUUAUACCAUUUCCAACCCAUUUGCCAGGGCGCAGUUCUGCAGCUGGCUGGAUCAACUCCCAGAUGACCCGGAGAUGGUUGACAUCUAG